AUGCUGCCAUACACCAUCUAUAUCAUUGCCAAAACAGAUCUGAUCAAAUACAUGCUAACAAGACCAAUGCUAAGAGGCAGAAUUGGAAAAUGGACCUUGGCCUUGACAGAAUUUGCCUUCAGAUAUGUUCCUCAGAAAGCCGUCAAAGGACAAGCUGUGGCAGACUUCCUAGCAGAUCAUCCCGGAGAGGAGAUUGAAAAUAUGGACUCUUUAGACAUAGCAAAUGCAGAUCUAUUAACCAGAGCUCACACCUGCCUCAACAAUCCUAUCUACUCAGUUCAUCUUGCACCUUGGAAGUUAUACUUUGAUGGAUCAAAAACUGAUAUAACUUCCGGGGCAGGAAUUGUUUUGGAAGAACCACUUGGAAUCAGACACUGCUACUCUUUCCAAUUGGAUUUCCAAUGCACCAACAACAGGGCAGAAUAUGAGGCCUUAAUCAUUGGCUUGGAAAUGCUGGUAGAACUAGGAAUCCAAUCUGUGGAAAUUCUGGGAGAUUCCAUGCUGGUUUUAAAACAAAUUGCUGGGGAAUACAAGUGCCUAAGCCCUUCUUUGGCUGUCUACUUGGUGGCAGCUAGGAAUCUUCUGACAGAAUUCAGAGAAGCCACUUGGGAACAUAUCCCAAGGGAAGAAAAUUUUGCAGCCAAUGAAUUGGCCCAGGUGGCAACAGGCAUACAAAUGCCCGAAGAGUGUGUACAAAGAAUCAUCAGGAUAGGAAAGAAAAGCCUACCAUCUGUUCUGGCCAGGGGGAUGGAGAUAGAUGUCAAUUCUGCCACAAUCACUGAAGAUGAUUGGAGAAAUCCUAUCAUGACCUAUCUACGAUAUCCAACUUUGCCCUCUGAGAAGAGAGUCAGAAUCAUGGCUUUAAACUACCUUAUGUGGAAUGAAGAUUUGGUCCGAAAAAGUAAGGAUGAUGUGCUUUUAAGGUGCCUCGGAAAGAAAGAAUACAUGAAAGUUAUGGGGGAAACCCAUGAAGGAAUCUGUGGAGCGCAUCAAGGUGGGAGAAAAAUGUGCUGGUUAAUUAGAAGAUAUGGCUACUUCUGGCCAACCAUGAUGAAAGAUUGCAUUAACUAUUCCAAGGGAUGUGAAUCUUGUCAAAGACACGGCCCAGUCCAGCAGGCUCCAUCAGUUCCCAUGAAUCCAGUGGUAAAGCCAUGGCCCUUUAGAGGAUGGGCAAUGGAUCUCAUUGGCAAGAUCUAUCCAGCCAGCAGCCAGCAGCACUGCUUUAUCAUUGUUGCCACAGACUACUUCACUAAGUGGGUGGAAGCCAAGGCUGUUAAAUCCACUACAUCUCAAGAGAUCAUCAUUUUCAUAGAAGAACAGAUUAUACAAAGAUUUGGCAUCCCAGAAUCAAUCACAACUGAUAGAGGAUCCUCUUUCAUAUCUAGAGAAAUGCUGGACAUGGCAGAGGCAUUCAAAUUCAGAUUGCUCCAGUCCACUCCUUAUUAUGCCCAAGCCAAUGGACAGGCGGAGUCAAGCAACAAAGUGAUCAUCAACAUUAUCAGGAAAAUGCUUGAGAAGAAUCCAAAACAAUGGCAUGAAAAGCUGUCAAAACUCUGUGGGCAUAUAGAACUUCAAAAAGAGAAGCAACUGGCAUGA